GGAGUACUGCUUCCGUCUCUUUGUUUCAGCUUCUGAAGUUUGCUAAUGGUCUCUUUGUCCGGGACCUUCAUGGUUGCAUCGUCUAUCUAGAUACUCUCUAGUCUCACCUUAGUCUUCCCUCGGAAGUCACUCGGCUUAUCCAUUCCACGAGGGGCGCAACAUAUCGCAGCGGGGAAUGAAUCCACUAAAAAUCACAACAAACGACGGUUAACUUUCUUUAGCACGAUCUUAUCAAGCAGUCAAUCCCUUUGUUUCCCUGUUUUCAACCAGAUUGCUUUGGGUCAAUCGAAUAUUAAAUGAACACUGCACGCCGUGUCCGUCACCUAGUGGCCUCUCAAGCGCCUGAAAGCUGAGCUUGAAUCGGAGGCCAUGAUCAUUAAGCCUUUUUCCACUUCCGCAGUUGAAAUGGUCUCUCAAGCCCAAGUUCUUGAUCGCUCUGCGCAGAUGCAAGGCGCACCCUCUUCUGUGUCGCGUCAUUCGCAUAGCGGUCGCCGCCAUCGCUCGAGUCGUUCUCAUCAUGGCGGUCCUUCUCAUCAGCCGCAGAACGAUUUUCCAAUCUUCACCCACACUGGUGAUGUUGAGAUAGUGAUACGCGCCGGUGGACAGGAACGACGCUAUCUUUUGCAUCGAUUGAUAUUGGCACAAUGCUCCGGGUUCUUCGAGGCCAGUACGAGCGAGGGAUGGUCGCGACAAGGCACAGCGCGGUCUCAGCACAUCGACACGGGGGUAAUGUCCCGGAUCAGCGAGGAUAACUCGUCGCUAUCCAACGGAUCAACCCUUGCGCAAUCAGAGAGCGGCGCAUACGGAGUUCACCCAGAAAAGCGGAGGUGGAGAUACGAGUUGGACUGGGAAAAUAAGGCGGAAGACGAAGAGCCUAUACUUGUCCAAAAGCAGCCAACGUUCUCCAACGUCAUAGGGAGCGAUGCCGUCCACUAUCCACCGUCGAUGACCAAACCUUCGAGCGCGCAAACUGGCUUCAUCCGAUCCAUGGCAAAUCUAGCAGGGAUGCAAUCCGUGGUCAACCUGCCUCACACGGCAAAUACAGUAGCUGUGGAGAUGGAUCCGAUUAUACGUGACUAUGACAAUUUGUUUCGCCUGUUCUACAAUUAUCCUCCUCUUCUCAACAGUGUCAACAUUGCGACUGCUUAUGCCGAGUGUCGAUCUCUGCUUGCGCUUGCGGACAUGUACGAUGCCUUGGCGGUUACUGGACCUCGAGUAGACCAUCAUCUCCUCGGAUUCGGAUCUCGACUAUUUAAGCAGAUUGCCAAAUACCCUCCGAGCUACCUCAAGUUGGGGUACCUCGCGCGCAGCCGGGUCAUCUUCUCCGAGGCACUGAUUCACGUUGUGGGCCAGUGGCCCGCGGCUCUACCGCAUCUUCGCAACGGCUCGUACUCGCCGCUCCCGAACUCUGUUCUCGAUAUUAUUGAGGACAAAGUCGAGGAUCUCGAAGACCUCAAGGCGCGCGUCGACUCGAAGCUUCUGCGGUUGACGCUCACCACCUCCCGCGGCGAGCGCGUCACCCCUAUAAACGCAUAUCUCGACUGGCUCGCCGUCUCCCUGUUCCGCCAGUGGCUCGUGGACAACACCACCGCUCCGCCGGCUCCGAUUCUCAAAAACUCCUCGACGAACCGUCUGCCCGCCACAGGCGCAAACAUCAGCGCCAGCGCCAGCAACAAUACCAGCCGCAGCCAUCGCACCCAGGAAACCACAUCGCGGGCCUCUCCUCCCUCCUCCCCUCUAACCCCAGCACAGGUCUACCGACUCAUAGGCUCCCCCUCGACACAAGCCUACCUCUCGCACGACGAACUCAAAAAAUUCCUCAAAGUGCACCCCACCCCGUCGGCAGACUCGCUCUACACCCGGGACAUCCUCAAGCGCUUCGAGCGUAAAAUGGACGAAAUCAAGCGGCUGGCCCGGGAAAUCGUCAAGCCGCUCCUGAGGAAUUUUCUGGAGUUGGACCUGAAGGGUACCGAGCUGGGCGACUCGGCGCUCGGCGCGUUGCCGUAUCUCACCUGCACGAAAGUCGAGGACGAAGAUAUCCCUUGGGAUUGAGGAGUGACGAUAACGAAUAAUGAUGCUUAUACGCGCUUUCCCUUCUGAUACGAUUUGAUUUGAAUGAAUAAUGACACGGCCGCUUCUGUAUGCGAAAAUGGCGGAGUUUUUAUUCUGUUGUUUCUCGGCAUGUCGAUACGAUCACGAUACCCCUGCUAUAUUAUGCCAUCUGAUUCUAGUUCCUUCCCUUCGUUAAUUUGCCUGUAUCUAGGGCAAUGCGUUUAUUUCCGUUGUGAUAAUGUCGCUCUUCAGCUUAGUUAGGCUGUAAUACAUUCGAAGUAUUAACUGCU